CUUACGUAUUUUGCAUGGUUGAAUUCUACGCUUCCAAAUGAUAAUUUUUACAGAUUUUAUUAUCUACUAUUGCUCGUUUUAUAGGUUGAGAGUUUAUAGGAAUUGACAGCAUGAUAGCGUCUAUGAAUGAAGAUACAGAACGAACAUUCCAGGAUUAACAUUACUUAUUUGUAAACAUUAGGUGAAAUUCUGAGAAUGAAGAAAAGUUAUUUAUCCUGAAUAUAAACAUGGAUGACCAUUACUGAUAACAUGCAUUUUUCCCAUUAGAGUAACAAGAUGAAAUCUUUCGCGUAAAUUUUUAGACACAAUUCGUAUGGGCUCAGAAAUGGUCGAUUAACAAGGAAGAUAAUCCAUUGAAUGAGCAUGCUUUGUUCUUACUACACAAAUAAAGGGGAAACAGUCAUAACAAGUAUGCAGUGGAAAUAAAAAAAGAUCGAAAAAAAAAAAAAAAAAAAAAAAAAAAAAAACCACACAGAGUUGGAAAAUUGGAAAGAUCAAAUAUUGCAACUUUUGACUUGACAUACUUUGCGUAAUCAUUUGCUUUACUAUUUAUAUCAGACGGAAGUACCUGCAUAAUUUCGAUUAAUCUGAACGCACACAAACAACAUCCUUUUGUAAUUAAUAUUUUUUUUAUCAUCUGGUAGCUUCUAUAAGAUGACAGGAAGACACACACAGCUCACAUUAUCUCUUCUCAUUGCAACACCUUUUUUUUUAUAAAAAAUAAUAUUACUGCUUUUCCAGAGCAGGAACACAAGUCACAAACGGUCGAACAGUUUAUGUUUCCUAGAAAAGUCCAUGGUAACUGGGGAGAUUGGGCAUCUUGGGAGAAUAUAUGCUUCUGCAAUGGAACACGAAAGAGAAGUCGUGAAUGCGACAACCCUCGGCCGGAUUAUGGAGGAACACCAUGUCCCGGAGUAAAAGAUUCAUUUAAAUCUUGCACAAAUGAGUUUGAUUGCACAAUAUAUAAUGUUGCUCUAAAUAAGUCAACUUUCUCUUCGUCUGAAAACGACGGGUUUGACCAAGUAAAGUACAAUUACUUAGCAGUCAGAGGGCUAAACAGAAGCGGAUGUUUUUCAUCGGCUUGGGAAUUCCAGCCUUGGUGGAUGGUUGAUCUAGAGGGAGUUUUCAAACUUGAACGAGCCGUUGUAUAUUUGGAUAAUCAAGGUUUCCAAAUACAGAUACUGUACAGUUCAGUUAUGAAAGAAAUCUGGAAAUCUCAACGGGAUUGGCAUCAUGUGACAUGA